GCAGCAACAUUCCUUGACCUCAAAACAGUUCCAAAUCAUCAUUUAUAUUCGAUUAUAACUAUUAUACCGAACGACCUGAAUUUCUUCUGCCUUCGUUCUUUUCGACCACGAUUACGCUAUAUUUCUUCUGCUGCCUUCCCUUGAUAUCCAAUUUGUAGACGGCCUGGUUCCGUCGUCACUACCGUCAUUAUGAAACCGUCUUCUUUCCUUAUCGCUGCCGUGAGUGCGCUGGGACUAGCACGCACAUGUUUCAGCAGGGUGAUCCAUCACGAUCAGAGGUCCUACGACUAUGAAGAUGUGUCAUACAGCAUUGACGUGCCUCAGAACACAUCGUCCACAGGGUCAGGCCCUAUCUACCUCCGGCUCAGAGCCCCGCCUGGCGUCAAAUGGUUCGCAUUGGGCCAAGGAUCGCAAAUGACAGAUGGAAACCUCUUCAUUAUCUACUCUGCACCAGAUAACAAUAUCACGCUCUCUACGAGGAGAGCAACCGGUCAUGUCCAACCUCAGUACGAUUCCGGUAUCCAGGCGUACCUCGAGGAUGGAUCCGGUAUAUACGACGGAAUCAUGACAGCGAACAUUCGCUGUGACAAUUGCACGACUUUGGCUAACGGCAAGAGCGCUGUUGGCAAGUCCAGCUCGUGGUCUUGGGCAUUGACUUAUGGGCCCCCACUGGCGUCUAGCAAUGUUUCGGAGAUGCUGUACCAACACGACUGGCAUGGUUCUUUUACAUUGGACUUGGAAAAAAAUGCCGGUAGCAAUUUUUCCAGUCCGUACUAUGUUCCAUUGCGCCUCUCAUCCCAUCCUUCAAUCUACUCCAACCCGCAGCAGGUCAGCGAUACCAUUCUUCACAAAAAGCGAAUUGCGCACGGCGUAAUGACCUCCGUCGCCUUCGUUCUCCUGUUUCCUAACUUUGCCCUCCUUCUAUACAUUGUUCCUUCGCGCCGCACCGUGGCAUGGAUCCAUGCCCCUUUGCAAGCCUUUGCCGUGCUUUUGGCUCUGGCCGGGUUUGGUGUCGGGGUUUCUGUUUCAAAGGACCUCCAAGAGCUCGGUGGCUAUCAUCCAGUUAUCGGAUACGUCGCCGUUGGCGGAGUCGUCAUUAUACAACCGAUUCUGGGAAUCAUGCAACACCUGCAUUUCCGCAAGACUGGCACGUCGUCACUUUAUGGAGUCUCGCACCGGUACCUUGGCCGCUUUCUCGCGGCCCUCGGAAUCAUCAAUGGAGGAAUUGGCUUCCAUUAUGCGGCCGCGAAAAAUCCUGAUAUACCACCCGCGUCGCCACUCGCUUAUGGUAUCAUCUGUGGGGCAAUGUUUUUGAUCUAUAUCGCUGUCAUCGCCUGGCGUAGGCGGAAGAACAAGCGUCUUGCUGCGAGCAGCAUGACGUCGAAGUCUGUUGAAAGCAAAGGAACCUUGGCCAAAAUGGACAACAGCAGUGAUAGCACACUGGUCCAAGUACCACACGAUACCGCCGAUGCGCCGCGGAAGCAGUCGUGGGAAUCAUAGUUAUAUGAUGGUUACACCGGCUAUUAUCACGAUCCUUAUCAGCCCAUCAGCCAUUCUGUACUACCAAGCGUACAUUCCCGUUAGGUCUUGCAUAUCCGGAGUUUGUCCCACAGCAUCUUGGAAUACACUAAUUCCCCAAUCU